AUGGCAAACGCGACGCUAUCGUCCCCGCUGCGGGGACUCUGCCCACCACCGUUCUACGACGCAUCGCAGUUUGGAAGUGGAGGAUUCGUUGAUGGACGAUUCUGCGCGCCAGUCGACCAAAUAAAAGCAGGUCUCUUCUGCUGUCUGCCCUGUCCGGCCACAGACUACCUAUACCCUCCCGAAUUCAAGAGCUAUUACCGUGCGGCAGAGGUUCUCAACCUCAUCGGCCUGGUCUGCUUAGUCUUUCUGCUGGUGUCCUUCAUCUGCCUUCCGGCAGAGAAAACACGGCGACAUUAUCUGAGUUACUGCUUGAUCAUCGCCGCCAUACUACUCGCGCUUGGAUUUGUGGUUCCUUUUGGAACAAAGCCUGAACAGUGCUACGAUGAGAUCACUCCCAACGACAUGUUUUCGAACCUGACGUGCGCAUUUUCUGGCGCUUUUCUCGUCUCAGGCGGAUUGUCUAUGGCAGUGUGGAUCUUCAUUCGCGCCCUUUCGAUGCAUCUUCAAAUCUGCUGGGACUACAUGCCUGGCAAGACAUUCUUCUAUGCGGCGCAAGGCUUAGGCUGGUCCGUCGCUGCAGCCUUCUUCACUGCCACCAUCACCGUGACUGGAGUGUCGUUCCGGUUUGGCGAGGUUUGCCACGUGAACUCGGCCAAUUCGAUGAAGGACUUUUGGGGCCCUUUGCUCGCCAUUGCUGGCGCCGCAAUGGUCGUCCAAUUGGCCACCUUUGUGUACUGCAUCAAGGUCUACCUUCAGAAUAUGUGGAGCGACGACAAGACCGAGACGCAAAGCAGCGCUGGCCUUCCAUCAUACACGACGAGUGUGCGGACACGAUCCGCGCGUGUAGUAUAUCGGCGUGUCCGCAAAGUCGUAUGGCUCCAGUGGAGAGGCAUCACCAUUGUUGUCUUCAUCCUGGUCGAUGUCAUCUUCUUCUCGGUCGUCUUCAUCUACCUCAACUCCGUCAGCGGCAACGCGGUCAACAACAUCGAGAAAGCUAUGCCAUUCUUGCUCUGCUUGAUCACGAACCCGACCAAGCUUGACAAAUGCUACAGCUUUGGCCAAGACUUGUUUGUCAACCAGUCAACGGUUGUAGCUAUUCUGAUCAUGCUCUCUCUGGCCGGUAUUCAAUGCUUCAUCCUCCUCGCCCGCACUUCGAUGUUCACAGCAUGGCUGGAGCUCUUCCGCUCCAAAGUUGGCUCAAAGCGAGAAUUCGUGUCGCUAGACGCGAAGCAGUACGGCAACGAGACCCGACCCUACGAGUUGCAGAAGUUCGCGGGAAGCCCCUUGAAGUCCCCUAUGAGCGCAGCGACCAGCCCCGGCGCAGAAUACGACCCUUUUCGGCGAUCAUACACAGGAACACCGGACUACUUCACAAAGGAGACACAACGCGAAUACACGACUCCCUCACUUAGCUUCUCAACACCGCGGGCACCAUCACAGGCAGCUAUGCGCGUAGAAUGGGAUCCGCGGGCCUCACACGCUAGGGGCGGCCUUGGGCUGCAUCCCCCAGUCCUAGAGGACGACGACGAUGAUUACACGAGGAACAAGAUAUGA